AUGACAUACGGAAGGUGGUACUUUUCCAUUCGUCCUGGGCUACUCUCCUUCGAAAUCGAGGAAAAAAGGUACCAAGGGAAGAGGCGCUCGAACCGUUUGAAAUAAACGUAAGAUCGCGGAGUCGGGGUAUACCGCGAAAACGAAGAGCCGCAAAUACAACGGACAAAGAUUCGCCAUUAUUGGGGAAACUGUCAUUAUUUAAUUGCAAUCCGAGCGAAGUCAGCGAGGCUCUCGAACGGAAUGGCCAUGAGCUGCUCGGCAAAACGGUGAGUGCGACACCUACCAUGCCAAUCUGAUCCCAUCAUGCAUGCGAACUUGCAGGUGGCCGUCGUGACGUCCGCGGACAUAGAGCGUGCCAAAGGAAUGAUGCAAGAGGAUGUGGUCGUUUCGGUGAGGAUGAGGAAGAUGGCUUCGGGAUGCUGCAAGCCGACGAAUACAGCGACGAUGAGGUGGGCAGGGGAACAGUCACACGCACACAGAGAGCAGCCACCAGUGCGGCAGUCUGUCUGUCUGCGUGCAGGUUGAUGAUGCCACUGAGGACAUACCGAGUAUGAUGAGGAUAUCGAUGACGCCACUGGCGUGUUGCGACAGCUCAGACCCGCCCGCCAGACAGCCACGGCCACUGACCCAGGCUCUUCUUCCGCCGCUGCCGCAGCUGGCGCCAUUUCUGCCCGUUACCGAUGCCCCAUGGGCUUCCCCGGGCCCUUCCCCAGACCAUUCUGACUAUGACUGAAAGGUAGUAUCCAGUGUGCACCCAGUACGGACUCAUUCAUGUGUUGGGUUGGUCUCCGUUCGUUCGUUCCUCUGGUGUGACAGGUGUCGCCGGCAGUGGUCUCAGAAGGAUCCUCCUUCGGGGUUCGGCAGGUUCCAUAGAGAUUCGAGACUAUUGUCCUUGUGAAUGUUUUUGUCUUCAUCUGUGUAUGUGGGUGGGUCUUUGUCGUCGGAGGGUGUGUGUUUGUAUGUGCACGUAUAUAGCAGUCAGUGCUAUCUUUGUCACGCACGUCUGUACUUACGGGCAUACAUCAAAUACGUAUCCAUGGGAGGACACAGCAC